AUGGCCAAAACGAAGCCCUCGAAGAAACAGUCCAAGAAAAAGCGCGAGUCGGUCCUCCACGGCACAAAAAGCAUGUCGACGAGACCAACGGAGAACGCAGAAGCCCUGUUUGAACAGGCUGCAGUGUUAUUACAGACCGGACAGCCGGGCGAAGCACUACCGCUCGUUGAACGAGCUCUAAAAAACACCUCUUCCGACUCGCCGAAAUACCUAGUUGGAUUGAACCUCAUAGGGGAGAUAUACGUGGAGCUAGGCGAAAUAGAUUCUGCACGACAGCAAUUCCUACGAGCCGUUGAGCUAGAUCCAGAGGGCGAAAUAGACGAGACGAUUGAUGGAGGUGCAGAGAAGUUCUUAUGGCUGGCCCAAUUGAGCGAAGAAGGUGGUAAAGAUAGCGUACGGUGGUUUGAGAGAGGCGUAGGCGCAUUGAAGAGAAACCUACAGUCGCUAGAAGGGAAGAACGACGAAGUUGCGCAGGAGAUACGUGAAGGGUUUAAGAAGAGGCUUGCACAUGCGCUCUGCGGAGUGGUGGAGAUAUACAUGACGGAUCUAUCAUGGGAAGAAGACGCGGAAAGUAGAUGCGAAGCGCUCAUAACAGAGGCAUUGCUAGUUGCCCCUGAUUCCUCAGAAUGCCUACAGACUUUAGCAUCAAUUAGGAUAUCACAGCUCCGGUUCGAUGAUGCCAAAGCGGCGCUAUCAAGAAGUUUAGAUGUAUGGAAAGACGAGCCAGCGGAAAGCACACUUAUACCAGAUUUCCCUUCCAGGAUAAGCCUUUCUCGCCUACUAAUGGAAGUUGAGAUGGAAAACGAGGCUCUCCAGGUGCUUGAGAGAAUGGUGUUUGAAGACGACCAGAGCAUUGAGACAUGGUAUCUCGGUGGAUGGUGUCUUUAUCUGAUAAGCAAAAAGGACCAGAAACAGACCCCGGGAGAGGCCAAUACAGAUACAAAGGAGCAACAUGCUGCUACUCUCCUGACCAGCCGGAAAUGGCUCAGACAGGCUUUGAAGCUUUGCGAAAUUGUCGGCUAUGAGGAUGAGAAGCUCAAAGAGCAUGCCAUCGAGCUUGUCCAAGAGAUCCAGGGCGAGCUGGGCAUCUCUGGAGACGACGAAGCUGGUGAUGAUGAUGUAUGGGAAGAUGAUACGGACUCAGAUCCAGGUAAUGACCAUGACAUGACAGACUCUUAG